GGGAGUCCGUGUGUUGGGAUCACUUUAUGGUUGGGGGCUGGUCUGCGGGGCUUCAAACCAUGGCCGCGCCUGCCCUGGCCUGCAGGAGCAGUGCCUGCACCAGGCCGUGGACCUGCAGAGUUUAGGGGUGCAGCAGCACCUACUUGGAAGGUUAGGCAGGGGAGUGUCGCACAGGGAGCCCAGGGGUUUCAGCUGUGCCCCGGGAACAAAGCCCGCCCCUGUGCAUGGAAGAGUGGAGGGCCUCUGGGGGUGAAUGUUUUGUGGAGCUAUGGUGGAGGGAGUCCCAGCUGGAGGGAAACCUUGACCGCCUUGCGCCCCUUUCAGGCCAAAACGGUGAAGCUGGAGUACGCCCUGUGUCCUCUUUGAAAGCUUUAUGGGGCAUCACCCUGGGUGGAGGCUGCUGAGUCUGAUCCAAGCCAGAGAAGUUGGUAUCCAACUCCCUGGUUCUAGAAUGCUGUAAAACUGAUUCGGCCCAUGGAAAAAUGCCCCGAGUAAAUUGAUUGGGGAGAGGGGGACAAUGGGGCGCAAAAAACAAUGUAUAUAACCUAGCUUGUAAUAAAAUCAUAUUUAUUUCCCCAAAUUCAUGGCCAGAGGAACAGAACCAUGCUGUGCUCUUAGCAGUGAUUAUGAUCGAAUGAUGAGGUGGCAGAUUGAUUUUACUCCUCCUGUCUUUAUGUGGCCUGUGAAUUUGUACAGUUGAAAAGAGGCUGUUUUAACACGUGUCAAAGCAUGUUUCUGCCAAGUUUCCAUUUAAAGAUUGAUAUUCUUCCAUAAACAUUUUCCCAUUAAAAUGUCCUUGCCUCUAACAGACGAGCAGAAGAAAAAGAUUGAAGAGAAUCGACAAAAGGCUCUAGCCCUUAGAGCCGCAAAAUUAUUAGUAGAGCAGCAUCAGAGCCCAGCCUCGGCCUCCUCUGUUGCUGCCAUAGCUUCCCAGACAAAGCAGGGACCGUCCCAAAAUCUCCCCAGGGGUUCUUUUAAGCCAGUGAAACAUGGUGUCUUUCCCAAGCAACAGAACCCCAGUAGUUCAUCUAAAGGGGACCAAAGCCCUCAUAAUUCCCACAGUUUUCAUCUCAGCAUGCCAGAGCAGGCAAAGGAGAUAUGGAAGAGGCAAGAAGAGAUACCCACAGCCGGCCCAAGCCACAGCCUAUCAAGUCAAGUGAGUCUCACUGCCAUCUCCCCUUCCUCAGCACAAAGUCCUCCAGAGGUCUCCAAGCGACAGAUCUUAGGUGACAAGUUAAGUCAAGGUCAUCCUCACGCUUCACAUGAGACCAAGUUGACGCCCUUUGUUAAUACAACUCCAGAGCCUCUGGCCAAAACCAAGAUAUUACAGGAAACACCAGCUUCUUCCUCUAGACAGCCUCCCAGGGAUCCUGAAUUAGAGACCAAGACAUCAACACCGUCCACCUCAGGCUGGAACAUUUCUAACAUCCAUUAUAAUUCAGGGACUGUGACGCCCAGAACAGAAGGAAGAUCCCAAAAGGAGGGGAAAUGCAUAAGGAAGGGAGAUCGUUUCCAGGUAGUGAUCGGAUACAAUGCAGAACUCAUUGCUGUGUUUAAGAGUCUGCCCAGCAGAAGUUACGAUCCUGCCACCAAGACGUGGAACUUCAGCAUGACUGACUACAGCACCCUGAUGGAAGCAGCCCAGCGCCUCCCCACAGUCACACUGGAGCCUCUUGGAGAGGCCAGCAGCAGCACAGUAGCUCAGUCAUGCCUGCCUCCUGCUGCCUCCCUUGACUUUGUCGAAGGGCGGUGCCUGCUCAUCUCCAGGGCCCGCUUUGAGGCAGAUAUCAGGGGUUCAGAAGACCUGAUCACACUGUUUAAACAGAUGGAUUCCAGAAACUACGAUGUCAAGACCAGGAAGUGGAACUUUCUCUUGGAAGAACACAACAAACUGAUUGCACGUGUGCGCUGCCUCCCACAAGUUAAAUUGGACCCUCUGCCCAAGACACUGGUCCAGGCCUUCGCUUCUCAGCUGGAGAAGACGACCCUCACAGCAGACAUCCCUGAGGCUGACCUUUCUGAAGUGGACCCCAAGCUGGUGUCUAACCUGCUGCCCUUCCAGAGAGCUGGAGUCAAUUUUGCCAUAGCAAAAAGAGGCCGCCUGCUGCUUGCUGACGACAUGGGCCUGGGGAAGACCAUCCAGGCCAUCUGCAUAGCGGCCUUUUACCGGAAGGAGUGGCCGCUUCUGGUGGUGGUGCCAUCAUCUGUGCGUUUCACCUGGGAGCAGGCCUUCCUCCAGUGGCUGCCGUCCCUGGCCCCAGACAGCAUCAACGUUGUGGUGACGGGGAAGGACCGCCUGAGAGCUGGCUUGGUCAACAUUGUCAGUUUUGACCUUCUGAGCAAGUUGGAGAAACAGCUACAAACUCCUUUUAAAGUUGUCAUUAUUGAUGAAUCUCACUUCCUUAAAAACAGUAGGACUGCCCGCUGUCGUGUUGCUCUGCCCCUGCUCAAGGUUGCCAAGAGGGUGAUCUUACUGUCAGGCACACCAGCUAUGUCCCGGCCUUCAGAGCUCUACACGCAGAUUGUCGCAGUCAAGCCGACCUUCUUCCCUCAGUUUCAUGCCUUUGGACUUCGCUACUGUGAUGCCAAGAAGCAUUCCUGGGGGUGGGAUUACUCGGGCUCCUCCAACCUGCGGGAGCUGAAGCUGCUGCUAGAGGAAGCGGUCAUGCUGCGCCGUCUCAAAUGCGAUGUCCUCUCCCAGCUGCCACCCAAGCAGCGCAAGAUGGUGGUGGUUGCGCCUGGCCACUUCAGUGCCAAGGUCAGAGCUGCCCUGGACACCGCUGCCAAGGAGAUGACCAAUGACAGCAGCAAACAGAAACAGAAACAAGCCCUCAUUAUGUUCUUCAACAGUACAGCAGAAGCUAAAAUCCCGUCUAUCAUUGAAUAUAUCCUGGACCUACUGGAAAGUGGAAGAGAGAAGUUUCUAGUGUUUGCACACCAUAAGGUGGUUCUGGAUGCAAUUACUGACGAGCUGGAGAGAAAGCACGUGCAGCACAUCCGCAUCGAUGGCACCACCUCUUCAGCUGACCGAGAGCGCCUGUGCCAGCAGUUCCAGCUGUCCGAGCGGCACGCCGUGGCCGUGCUGUCCAUCACUGCCGCCAACAUGGGCCUCACCUUCUCUUCAGCUGACCUGGUGGUGUUUGCCGAGCUAUUUUGGAACCCAGGGGUGCUGAUCCAGGCUGAGGACCGGGUGCACCGCAUCGGCCAGUCAAGCUCCGUGGGCAUUCACUACCUCGUGGCGAAAGGCACAGCUGACGACUACCUCUGGCCCCUGAUUCAAGAGAAGAUUAAAGUUCUGGGUGAAGCUGGGCUUUCUGAUGCCAAUUUUUCAGAAAUGACGGAAGCUACUGAUUACUUCUAUAAGGACCCAAAGCAGCAGAAGAUCUAUGACCUGUUCCAGCAGUCUUUGGAGGAAGACGGAAGCGACAUGGAGCUCCUGGAAGCAGCAGAGUCCUUUGACACAGGAAGUGCUUCACUGGACUCUGGAAUUGGCUCCCUGGAAAUGGAGGGAAGCACCUCGUCAGGCAGUUCACCAAAGAAAAGGAGAUUUGAAUGUUUUGAUAAUUGGGACAGUUUUACCUCUCCCCUGUGAGAAGGGGAAAAGAACACAUAAAAAAUCAUGAAUAUUAAAAUAAAAUUAUUAUUUUUUAAAUGUCAUGUGCCUGUUACUAUGGCUGCAGCACUGGUCUCUGUCUCAUGUCAGCAGGUUACCAGGCCAAGUGUCCGUGUCUCCUUUCCGGCCUUCUGCAAGGGUUUGCUUGGGUCUUAACCUUAGCUUUUCUGGCUGAGAAAUGGAGACAGUAUGUUGUAGGAGUAGUGAUGGAUGUUCUUUAAACAGCAAGGCGCUUUUAACACAGCCCUCAAAAAUGGAAUUUUUAAAAAGGUGUUGACUCAGCAGAUAUUUAUGGAACACCUAAUAUGUGCCAGGCACUGUCCUAGGUACUGAUAAUCAUUUGCCAAACAAAAGAGGAAAAGUACUUGCUUUUUUAGAGCUUGUUAUAUAACGGGAGUGGCAGUGGUUACACUUGCUAGGAAGAAAAAUAAAGUAAGGUAAGGGUUUAGAGCAGGUGUUGACAGGCUUUUUCUGUAAAUAGCCAGAUCAUAAGUAUGCUUGACUUCACUGGCCAGGCUGUCUCUGUUGGAACCACUCAAUACUGCCGCUGUAGUGGAAAAUCAGCCAUAGUUAAUCCCCACACAGACGACUGUGGCUCUUUCCCAAUAAAACUCGAUUAUGGAAACUGGAAUUUGAAUUUCAUGUUCUUUUCACGUGUCACAAGUUGUCACCCUUGAUUUAUUUUCAA